UUAGAUAAUUCGCGGUUAACUCAAAAAAGUAAGGAGUACAAAAAAGAUGAAGACUUCGAAGAAUCAAGUGCAAUUGAAAAAGCCGAUAUUAAAGAAAAAUGUGAUGAUAUAUUUAAUGAUGCCAAAAAGGAAAUCAAUUUUGAAAAUGUUUCCGGUUCCGAAACAACAAAUAAUUUCACAAAGCGAAAUUUUUCUGAUAUAGAUGAUGAUGAAGGCGAUGAAAUUGAUGAUAAUAAAAAGAAAAAAAAGAAAGAUCUGGAAAUGUCUAAGGACACAAAACAAAAUAUUGUGCGUACUCCAACCAGAGUGGAAAAGAACCUAAAACAAGCGACUAAUUCUAAAAAUUCUACUUCUACUUCUUCCAACAAAAGUGUGUUUUUAUGCGAUAAAGAUGAAGGCAAGAAUAAAUUUCAUGACACAGAAUUAGAAGACGAUGAUUCCAAAAGUGAUCCACUCUGUAAUGGAGGAUUGAAAGUACCCCCUUUAAAAAUUGUUAUUCCCCAACAAAGCUGUACAAUUGAUACCGAUGGAAGUGGAUUACGGACGGGAAAAAUUAAUACUUCAAGAAAUGCUGCAUUGCCAUAUGUAGUAAGUUCUAAUAGUGAUUCAAAUGAGCGAGAUAUAUCAAUUUCAAAUACAAGUCCUAGAGAUAGCCCCAUCAAAGUUAAUUUAUCUUGUGGAGAUGAUAAAAAUUGCAAACUUUUGAAUGAAGAAAAAAAUUUGCGGGUUUUAAGGAGUGCUCAUAGAAUAGGAAUAACAACUCAUGAUAGGGCUUCAAAUAAUUCUUCACCACAAAUUCCAAGCAAUUCACCUUCUCCAGCUUCAUCUACAAAUAUCGAUUUAGUUGAAGGAAAAAUUGCAUUUUCAAAUUCUAUAAACAGUCCAACACAUCAAAGUACAUCAUUUGAAUCUGAUAAUAUUCAGAACCUUCCAAGCCCGUCGACGUCGUCUACUUCGUCUUCAAAAGAGACAAUGGGAAACAUUGCAGAACUUCAUCCUAGAAAAAGGAAAAUUAGAACAAAGAACGAUGAUGUAAAAUCAUCCAACACUGGAAAUAACGUAAAUAAUGAUCCAAUUUUAUGUACUGAUUCUCAUCCUCACGAUAUACCAUUCACAAAUUGUUUCCAAAUGUACAUGGCAAUAAGAAAGCAAAUAGAAAGAAAAUGGAAAAACAUUUUUUCUGUUAAACCAAGACCUCCACAAGGAUUUCAUGAAUAUCUUAUAAACAAACAAAAAUAUCUUUUAUGUCAACGACAAAAUAAAAAUUUCCCAGAAAUACCAAACUCACUCUCAUUUCAAAUGAGGGAUAUAUUUUUGAUUCAGCAAAAAGAAAGAUUUGAUCUAUAUCAACGUCAUACUGUAGAAAAGGAAAAGCUCUGUCUUAAUGUGGAACAGGAGAUUAUUAGAAUUCAUUCAAAAGCAGCUAGAAGUAUGUCCUAUCAGUCAUUACCUUUUUCAGUAUGCACAUACAUUAAAGACGAAGAAGUUUAUAAUAUGCUUACACCCGAACUAGAUGAUAAAGAGAAAAAUGCUAGAUGCAGAUUUAAUGGAAGAUUGUUACUAAGUUGGCUUCAAGAUGUUGACGAUAAAUGGGAAAAAAUUAAGCCGUGCUAACAAUAUUUACUGUUG